GCGACGACAGACCGGCUCGUCACCGGCAAAGGUGAAUGCAGCGCAUGAGGCGAUCGCUUGUGGCGAUGCUGGCCAGCAUUGCCCAUGGCGCACGGAUGCUAUCCACGGAGACGAACGGAUCCACCGCUUUCAUUUGGGCACCAUCAUCACCUAUGCCCUCUGCCGCACCACCAUUACAGCCAACUAAAGCCGAUGCCUCUCCCGUUCCGUGGGCCGCUAUCGUCGUAGGUAUCGUACCGGCAUUGCUCCUAUGCGCCGUUCUUGCUAUGUUGUAUCGACGUCAUACCCACGUGGCACUACAGCGGUCGAGCACUCCGUCAAUUGGUGAUCAAGCAAGGUCGUCGGUGAAAGUACCUGCUCCGUCGCCUUCCUGGGAGGGUUCAAGUGGAAUGCCAAUAUACGAACGGAACCAUGGCGUGCCGUCAAGCGACCAUCUCCCUUGCCCGACGAUGGCGCUUCCAUCAUCUGCCAAUGCACCUCUGAGACGAUUGUCGUCAUCGUCGUUGAGGGCGUCCAUGGAGCACAACGGCGGUGCAGUGCAGCAUCCACGCCGCCUGUCAAACCCGUCAAGCUCGUCGCUUACGCAACAAGCACGGCAAGUUAGUAGCGAUGCAUCAAUGGCCCAUCCUCCUCAAGCGUCUGCCGAAGUGCGGAUGCAGAAGGCAGGCUUGCGCAACUGUUCAACUGCGUCCAUGUCAUUUGAGACACACGCGUCAAGCGCUGCAGACCACAUCGAGCCCAAUCCUCCAUUUUUAUCGCAGUUUGUGAUCCACCCGGCGACCACUCCAUGGCAACCCACCCAAGCCCGCCACCUUGACACAUGCACGCAUGGCUCCGAUAUGUCGGAUACGUUCAUGUAUGCAACGGGCAGUUCCACGACGGCCGAGUAUGGGUACGAGGCAUCCGUCCACGCCGCGUCCGCGCCCAUAAUAGGUCAAACCAUCCCAACACAACUUCCUUGUGAGGACAUGACACCAGGAAUGCAGAUGUCGGGAAGUAGGUAGAGCUGUACUGAAGGCUCGACAUGUCAAUAAGUUUUACUUGGCCAUCAUUGCCAACAAGUGAUAAUCAUCAUGCUUCUUCCUUCGCAUUCGAAGGAAUCUAU